UCCCGUCGCCAGCCUCGCUGAGGAGGAGGAGGAAGAGCAGCGAGCGCGGAAGAUGGAGGUCUCCACGGACCAACCGCGGUGGGUGAGCCACCACCACCCGGCCGUGCUCAAUGGGCAGCACCCGGACUCCCACCACCCCACUCUUGGCCAUACCUACAUGGACCCCACGCAGUAUCCUCUCGCCGAGGAAGUGGAUGUACUUUUUAAUAUCGACGGACAAGGCAACCCCGUGCCUCCGUAUUACGGCAACUCCGUGCGAGCCACUGUGCAGCGGUACCCGACGGCCCAUCACGGCAGCCAGGUGUGCCGGCCCCCUCUGCUGCACGGCUCGCUGCCAUGGCUGGACGGGAGCAAAGCGCUGAGCAGCCACCACAGCGCUUCCCCUUGGAACCUCAGCCCUUUUUCCAAGACCUCCAUCCAUCACAGCUCGCCGGGACCCCUCUCCGUUUACCCGCCUGCUUCUUCCUCCACUUUAUCAGCUGGUCACUCCAGCCCGCAUCUUUUCACCUUCCCACCGACCCCUCCUAAAGAUGUGUCCCCGGAUCCGUCCAUCUCCACUCCUGGCUCCACCGGCUCCACCCGGCAGGAUGAGAAGGAAUGCAUCAAAUAUCAGGUGUCCCUGGCUGACACCAUGAAGCUGGAGUCGUCUCACUCUCGGAGCAGCAUGGCCUCGUUAGGAGGAGCCACCUCCUCCGCUCAUCACCCCAUCACUACUUAUCCACCGUAUGUCCCCGAAUAUAGCUCUGGACUUUUCCCCCCCAGCAGCCUCUUAGGAGGAUCACCUACCGGGUUCGGGUGCAAAUCACGACCGAAAGCGCGGUCGAGCACAGAAGGCAGGGAGUGUGUAAACUGUGGGGCUACCUCAACCCCUCUGUGGAGAAGAGACGGCACCGGGCACUACUUGUGUAACGCCUGUGGACUCUAUCACAAAAUGAACGGGCAGAACAGACCCCUGAUCAAACCCAAGAGAAGGCUGUCUGCAGCCAGGAGGGCGGGCACGUCCUGCGCUAACUGUCAGACCACCACCACCACCCUGUGGAGGAGAAAUGCCAACGGCGAUCCUGUCUGUAAUGCCUGUGGGCUCUACUACAAGCUGCACAAUAUUAACAGACCCCUGACUAUGAAGAAAGAAGGAAUUCAGACCAGAAACCGAAAAAUGUCUAGCAAAUCCAAAAAGUGCAAAAAGGUCCAUGACAACCUCGAAGACUUUCCCAAGAGCAGCUCCUUUAACCCCGCCGCCCUCUCCAGACACAUGUCCUCUAUCAGCCACAUUUCACCCUUCAGUCACUCCAGCCACAUGCUGACUACACCGACACCGAUGCAUCCUCCAUCCAGCCUCUCCUUCGGACCUCACCAUCCCUCCAGCAUGGUCACUGCCAUGGGUUAGUGAGAGACUCCCCUGCUGAAUGCUUACGGUCUCAAAAUGAGAUUUACUUUAUAUACUUGCAUUUUUGCAGGCGCGUGGUUAUGGGUCUGAUGUCCCAAAUCAAAUGGGAGGGGGAAAAAAGAAAAAAAAAAAAAAAGAAUAAAAAGAAUAAAAAUAA